CUGAAAGUAGCUUAUGCAAAGAGCGAUUCCAUAAAGGGGCAUCUAUCUCCUGAAUUAUAGGCUGGUUACCAUAAGACCCAUUAUAGAUGAGCAGAUACGCGAUGGGCAAUACGUUAUAUAUUAUUCAUGAUAUUAAUAUCAUUUCAUCUGUAGUUCUCCUCCAACUUUAGAUUAAUAAUAAUUCAAUCUUGUCGGUAUUGGGAAAGGGGGGAGGGGGAAUUGGGGCAUCGCAUGCAAAGAAUUGCACUAGCCACAUUGUGGCGAGAGCUUUUACCCUGGACCCUGGCAGAUCUAGAGAGUUACCACCUGGCACCUGGGGCAGUAGGUACAUGGUACCUAAUGUAUGUACCGAAGUACUAAGUACCAUCUCAAUUUUUGAGCUCUUUGGAAUCAGCUGUGAACGUCUCAACUUCAAACUCACUUGUCGCUAACCGAAAUUUUUAGACGUGGGGAUUAAAGGAUAGGGCUAGAAUGAGGGCUUGAGGUAAAUAUUUGCCUUGCAAAAAAAAGUCGCCCCUAUGAGGUUCGCGGACAUCGUUAUCGACUUGGCCGCUGUCGUCCAAGCAUCCCGGUCUGUUGCAUCGAGACAUCUAGAGCUCCGAGCUCAACAGAUCAACCGCUAUGGCCAAACCUCAAGUAUUAUUCGGUCUUUAAGGCGGAAACAGCAGCGUGCCUAUCCUGCUCAUCCGGAAACUUCCAAUGUUACUGAUACUUCUGCUGGCGGCCAAGAGCAAUCUCGUGGUAUAACCACUCAACCCGAUUCAACUGUAAUUCAAGCCGAAAACUUAGAGCCUCAUGUGAAGGAUUCUCCAUCCAGUAGCAUACAAAGGAAGGUUGAAGAUACUAGAGCCUCGCCCUCUGAACAGAAAGAUGGCUACAGAAAUCUUUUUCGACGCAGUUCUCCGAGUGACGUGGCGCCCACACAGCAACCGGUAAUCCAGUCAGAUCAAAGUGCAAUUCUAGCCCGACUAAGGGAAAAUGCAGAGGAGGCUCCCAAAGUCGUCAAGGUCGAAUCAUAUCCGACUAUUCAGCCUCACUUAGCAAAGCAGGAUUCCAGCCCGAGCACGGUGGCUAAGGAGGACAUUCCUCCAGAUGUGAAUAUAAACGUAUUUCACACAAGCCGAGGCUCGCAGAUAAUAGAGGGGCAAAAAGAUAUGCUGCGUGCAAAUCGACCUCCGAUUGCUGCUGCUCCAUCUCCUGGAUGGUUCAAGGAUUACGGCCACGGACGGGCGAAACCCCGCAAAGAGGAGACCCAGGAAUCGCCUCCUAUUGCUGAGAAUUCGGCUUCACAAGCGGAUCCGGCGGCGAAUGAGAAGACGACACAUAGGGAAGCCAACAACGAUACCCCAUUUGCUAAAGAAGAAGCUAUAACCCGGAAGGUCGAGAAGGAACACACUCAGAUGGUCGAUGAAAUUCUAUCCAGAGAAAAAAUAGAGACAUCACCGGAAGCAACCGCCGAAGCAGAAGCCAUGUUCAACGACGGGUCGGCAAGACCGGCCUACGUCCUCCGGGAGUCUAAAGUGCCAUCUACCCGCUUGGGCCGAUUAUGGAACUACGGGGGACUAGCCGCCGGGAUGCUAGGCGGCGCUAUCACCGAAGGGCUUAGCAGAAGCAUGGGCGGCGGCGGCAAGGGCUCAGUCUUAUUAAGCGCUGGGAACAUGGAGCGACUCGUUGCUAAGCUUUCCCGCAUGAGAGGUGCCGCCUUGAAGAUGGGCCAGAUGAUGAGUUUCCAGGAUACCAAGAUGCUUCCUGGUCCCAUACAGGAGGUUCUCCAGAGAGUCCAAGAUCGAGCCGAUUACAUGCCCGCGUGGCAGCGUGACCGCGUACUCACGGCAAACCUCGGACCUGAAUGGCGAGAGCUAUUCGACGAAUUCGAAGACAAGCCCAUAGCUGCCGCGUCAAUCGGCCAAGUGCACCGCGCUACGCUCAAGUCUACAGGAGAAAGGGUGGCUGUUAAGAUCCAAUUCCCAGGCGUUGCCGAUUCGAUCAACUCCGACCUAGAUAACAUCUCCAUGCUCCUUACCGCCUCUAAAAUGUUACCGAAGGGAUUGUAUCUCAAUAAGACGAUAGAUAAUGCCCGGACAGAACUAGGUUGGGAAUGCGACUACGAGCGAGAGGCUCAAUGUGGGCAACGGUACCGGGAACUUCUAGCCGACGAAUCGGACGUCUUCGUUGUGCCCAAGAUCUAUACAGAAGCCUCGGGAAAGCAUGUAUUGACGAUGGAGUUUAUGGAGGGAGUGGGCGUGACGCGGAACAAGAAUUUUACGCAAGAACAGAGAGACUGGAUAGGCACAAACCUUCUACGGCUCUGUCUACGCGAGAUCACCGAGUUCCGCUUCAUGCAGACGGACCCUAAUUGGACUAACUUCCUAUAUAACGCCAAUACUCAAAAACUCGAGCUUCUCGACUUCGGUGCCUCACGCGAGUUCCCCGAGAAAUUCGUCGCCCAGUAUGUCGGCCUGCUCGCAGCCGCCGCACGCUCCGACCGCCGUACUGUCAUCGAGCUAUCCCGCAGCCUCGGAUAUCUGACGGGCCACGAGAGCAAGACCAUGCUCGAUGCGCACGUAACCUCGAUCUUAACACUGGCCGAACCGUUCCUAGACUCGGCGCCUCAGGUCUACGACUUCAGCGACCAGACCAUCACAGAGCGUGUCAAGGCGCUUAUCCCCACCAUGAUCCGUGAGCGUCUAAGCCCCCCUCCGGAAGAAACAUACAGCCUACACCGUAAACUCAGCGGCGCUUUCCUCCUCUGCGCCAAGUUAGGUGCUCGCGUACGGUGUCGCGAACUGUUCGAACAGGCGUUGAAGAAGAUGGACGCGAAUAGCGUUGUAUAAUAGAAGAAGAAAUAAAUGACCACUCACCUCUGUAUAUAGAAUCUAGUAAGGUUAAAAACGACAUGGAGCGGGAGACAAUGGAGUAAUACGGGAGUGGGUAGAAUUAGGGGGGGAAAUGGUAUCAUUUUGUUUGUACCUAGGUUAUGUCAUAACAUCUAUC